GCAUUAACCAGAUAGGAGUGCAGCAACCAGCGGCUUUUAGAAGGGGAUCAGUGUCUCUUGGAACUUGCAGGAGGAUACCACCAACUAUUUAAUUUUCAUGCAUUGCAUUCCCGUUUGUCUUUUUUGGACCGAAUGAAUGGAUGCAUAUCCGCCCCUUACCCACUUUCUCGAUGAUGUAUGUAUAUAUUAUGUGUGUGUGCACCAUCCUUUGGUGGUACAUGCAAGCAACGGUGUGGGUGGUUUCAAUUGAGAACCCCCUCAACAUUCCCUGCCUUUGCCUUUUGGGGCCAAUUGCAUGUCGUGAGGUCACGGUCUCUCGCGGAGUCUCGAGGCUCCUGUUUAUGCGGUAGGUUCGCCUCAAGGACAGCGCUCAUGGAUUGGCAUAUUGGAGACCACCACAUGUUCACACCCAAGCCAUCGGGGGCAGCACAUGCUUUGGACAGCUUUCGUUUCAGCCUUUGUUCGGACGGCCAGUGCAUCCUGCAGCUGGCUCAGUGCUCCCGAUCCGCCGGCCCCCCACAAACCUUGCUUCCGCAAGAUGACGGGCGCACCUUCGGCUGGGCCUUGCAUGGCCGGCAAUUUGUUGUCCAUUUGUGGCACCAUCACCUCCGUCCUUACGAUUAUCAUUGGUCUCAUUUACGUUGCAAACAAGCCGCCCAAAUUCAUCUACUAUUGGAAUACUUGCUCCUGGGUGAUGGACUCGGCAACCAGCACGGAUUGCAAUCAAUUGUGGCAGAACAACUUUGGUAUGACAGCGGUGCCUAAAUACACCGCCCUGAUCUUUGGCCUCAUUGGCACUGCCAUGCUCCAGCCGCUGGCAAUGCAGGUGUGUGGAUUCCCUCGCAACUUUGUGCAGUACGGCUUGUUCCUGUGGCUGCAGGGCUUCUAUGGUGACUUUGGCUACUGCGGAAAGCUCGGGGUGUGGGUGGGCUGCCUGAGCUGCUUCGUCGGGACCGUGUGCUUUAUUGGCGCCUGGUUCGAUUUGAAGAGCUCCCGGAUGCUCCGAUUAGAGGAAGAGUACAAGUACAUGUAUGAUGCGGAGGACUUUGAGUACACUGCGGCUGGGGCAGCAGCAGGAGCGGCCAUGGUGGCCGGGGAGGCAUCUCCUGACAGCAAGGACCUUUUUGACAAGUUCGACACAGAUGGUGAUGGCCGCAUCUCUCGCCAGGAGCUCAGCUCUGGUCUCUCUCGCGGCCUGGGCCGCCCCUUGAGGUGAUCCAGGUUUUGAACAGAUCCUGGCAGGUACAAUAGAUCGGUUUGCGUCGUGCUUCACCAUCGCGACCAACUACGAAGUGGGAGAAGUCUUGGUUUUCCACCUUGUGACAUGCUCUGGGCUGUGCGCAGAAGUCGGAAAAGACAUGAAAAGACCGUGCAGAAUGCGGAUUUGGGUCGAGUUUGUUUUUGCGCUGAGUUUGUCUGAUGAUUUGUUCGGACACGUUGUGACUGCGAAGAGAUUACUGUACCGGGAAACGCCUCGAAUUUCAUUGUGAUUAUAGACGUCCUCUCUUGUUCACGAUAUACCCACGGGUCAGCAGAAAGAAACACCAACCGCAUGUUGGCGGAAACCGGCAGACGCGCUCAGAUGUGAAUCCAAACGCGCUCCGCCGGCUCGACGACAUCUCGGGCGCUGUCCUGAGGUGGUGAAGACGACGCCCCUGGGCCCCGACAACUGCGAAGCGUGGCGGUUUCAACGGAGGGGGUAGGGGCUGGGCGUUAAUGGUCAGCCAAAAGACCAAAACGAUAUGACACGAGUUUUAGUAUAAUACGUGUUAGAGAGGAUUUACAGUAGGAUUUACAUAUUCUUUUAAUUUGUUUGGGGGACUAUACCUUUACUUACUUUUAGAUUGAUUGUAAGGGUCAGUGGCAAGUCAUCAGUUGAUAGGUGGUUCAUUUGAACUCUUUGAAAUAAUACUAUCGGUCCUUUCCUUCAUCUCUCAGCCAGGGUAGGCUACUUGGUUGAAAGCGAGGCAGCAGCGCAGCGGCGCAGGGUAAAGAGAAGAGGAGAGAAGAGCAAAAGAUACAUACGAGACAGAA